GUCAUUGGAGCUGAUUUCUACAUGCCAGCAUUGCUCUCUUUUCUACGUCGUGUUGCACAGGUGAAAAUGGCUGAAGGAGCAGCACGGGCCUAUUCCUCGGGCUCUUUGUCCAUCGUGUACGUGAUGGUUCCUGACAUGGAGACUGCCAAGACUCUGGCCAAGCCUCUGGUCCAGAAUAAACAGGUCGCCUGUAUCAACAUUAUCCCGCACGUGACUUCAAUUUGAUGAAAACGGCCACGUCAAAAGUGGAUGAAAUUUCCGAGUUUAUCAGGAAAAACCACCCGUAUGAUGUUGCUGCAGUUGUUUCUACAAAGAUAGACAAUGGAAAUCCACCGUUCCUGGACUGGAUCUCGGACACAGUUGGCGACAAACCCGAACCGGCGGCAAAGAAGAGUCGGUCCAACGAUCAGUGAAUUCUGCUUUGUCGUGUGUCUCGGUGCUUUUGGUUGUUGGCAGGUUCAGAGAUGUUUGUUUGUACCGAAGUGAGGACAUCUACAGGUUUUUACGUGACAGGCUAGAGCAGCGUGACUUGACACGACAUAGCCACAUGACAUGAUAGUGCAAAACGACAUGACGACACAACACGUUAGAGCCGGCAUGAUGAGACAUGAUACGAGACAUUAGAACCAGCAUGGCACGACACGACAUGCUAGAGCUGCAUGACCCAACAUGACACAACUCGACAUACUAGAGCCAGGACAUCAUGACACAACACGACGUGAGACGCUAGAGCCAACGCGACGCGACACGCUACAGCAGCAUGAGCAUGACUCGACAUGACAAGAGACACACUAGAGCCAGAACGACAUGACAUGACACGAUACGACAUGACACUACAUAACAUCUGUUUUCAGCUCCAGUGUCAAUGUCGGUUGUCAAUUGUCAGUUGUUGGGGACUGUCUCUGUGUGAUCUGUUAACAGCUGUAGUGUCAUUUGUCAUUGUCAGUUGUCAGUUGUCGAAAACUGUCUCUGAUCUGUUGACAGCUGUAGUGUCAGUUUUUGGGGACUAUCUCUGUGCGAUCUGUUGACAGGUUGAGUGUCAGUUGUCACUUGUCAGUUGUCAGUUGUUGGGGACUGUCUCUGUGUGAUCUGUUGACAGCUUGAGUGUCAGUGUCACUUGUCAGUUGUCAGUUGUUGGGGACUGUCUCUGUGUGAUCUGUUAACAGCUCUUGUGUCGGUGUCAAUUGUUGGGGACUGUCCCUGAUCUGGUGACUGCUACAUACAUGUAUUUAUGGGGAAAAAACUCUUGCCAUUGAUUGAUGAGGAAUGUUAACGGAGAGCAAAAUUAUAGUUGCGCAUUUACAAAUAA